UCUGGUGCCCUCCCUCCCACAUGCUGAUGAGGGUGUAACUAAACUGUCAUCUCAAUGAAAAGCAAUUUUACAAACGCCCCAGAGAAAAACGAAACCAGCCAAUUUAUUAUUCACCAAAUGAUACUUGUGGGAAUAAAACACUUCAGCCAAAGAUACCAAGAGCUCAGGAACAACAUGGACCUUCUUUUACCUCUAUGUCUUCUCCUGGGACUUAUUGCAGAGGGGAAUGGCUUGCAGUGUUUGCAGUGUUUAGACAACAGCGGAAGAGACUGUGAUGGGAAUGCAGUGACUUGUCUUUCCGAUUCUCAGGUUUGUACUGCGACUCUGGUCCAGGAUGAGAUCGAUACAUCGAAACCAGAGAACGUGGCUUUUCUACAGGCAAACAUAAACAGAAACCAGUCCAAGUAUUUGUUUCUAAGAGACUGCGGAGACCCCAGGGACUGCCAGGAUCCAGUCAUAUUGCUGAGGACCCCCUACAACAGGAUGGUGACGACACAGAGUUGCUGCACCUCCGACCUGUGUAAAGCAGAAGUGCCCAAGUUGCUCCUCGAAGGCCCGCUCAAUGGUCUGACAUGUCCCGGCUGCCUGACCAUCUAUUCUUCCAGUUGUGAGACCCAGGUACCCGUGUUCUGCCGGGACAAUGAGAACAAUUGCUUCACUUUCUCCAGUCAGCCUCAGAAUUAUUCAAAUGAUGUGCUCCUUGCAAUGAGCGGCUGUGCAUCUCAAUCAGCUUGUGAUAUGGAAAUUCUGAAUGGCCAGAAAAUCCAGUGUUGGAGCGGAGGGUGUGGCUGGAACCUCCCCCUCACACCCAGACUCCUCCUCCUGCUAAUGGUUCUAGUACAUGGACUUCAUAGCAUCUCCUACUCAUAGACAUCAUAAGUGUUCUCUAUACAGUAACUUUAUAAAUGUAAUUGUUAUUGAACAUCUGGAUCUGAAUACCGGAACGAUGUAGUAAAAACCAGCUGGAAUAAUAGGGAGUCCUGUUAUAUUGAGUCAGAACCAGAGAACAGACAGAAACAAAUGCUGCUUUUAAAGGAUAAGCAAACCUUUAUAAAAACUGAAUGAAAAAUUGCUUAGGACUUUGCCAUUUGCUUUAAUUAUUUAUUUUUUCAGUUUCAGAGCUAUACGUUUUUAUUAACUGCCAGUAUAAUGCGUUUUGUACCAACCACGCCACCUGCUGGUCAAUUCCUAUAACUGUACAGUCAGAGAGAUCUCUCUUUAGAAGGAAAACAGAGCAAUGUUCUGAUGUUGCACUGAGCAGGAAGGGGAAAAAGGGAAUCUGAAGUUUUUAAUCUCAUUUCUGUGAAGAGCAACAUUAGAACACUUCUCUGUUUUCCUUCUGAAGGUAGAUCGAUCUGACUGUACAGUUACAGAAACUGACCAGCAGGUGGAGUGGUUGGUACAAAAGGUUUACUUAUCCUUUAAUUACACCAAUGAAAAGGUUUAAUUCAUUAUAAACAUUGGCUUUCAUUAUGCAAAGAAAAAGUCUUAAGACGGACUUUCCCUUGUUAUCUGGAAGUGAGCACUUUAGAUAUGACUGCAAUUAUAGCAGGGGGUUGUUACUCCAAAUGUUUUUAUACCUAUUUGCACUAAGUGGGGACCAAAUGUAGGAUUACAAAGGUCCAAUACCCACGGCUAUAAAUACUGACCUCAUAUUGCACUUUGUCCCUGAUAUCCCCCCCCCCUGUGUAUUUGGAUUUUCUCUAUUUCUGCCUUGUGCCUACAAUUCCCCAGAUUUAUAUGUAUAUUCUGACUCUCUAAUAUCUUCUAUAAUUAUGGGACUUAUUAUAUCAGAGUACAAUUGUGGUGAAUGUGAAAUAAAUAAAUACCCACA